AUCACUUGACUGCUGGGCCCCGAACACCCGAACCUGCUGCGGGCAAAAAGCUGCAAUAUUUCAGCGGAUUUCGGCGGAAUCCUCGACUACUCGCUCGUCUACCCGGCUUCUUAAUAGAGAAUGAAGGUUUGCGGACCCAAGUGCUCGCUUUGCGGGCUGAUCAUCAGCGUGUGGGGCAUCAUCCAGCUGUUGCUGAUGGGCUUCUUCUACUACAUCAAGAGCAUCGCCCUGUCCGAGGACCUGUCCAUCGACCACCACAGCGUGCACACCGCCGAGGAAUUCUACAUGGCGGCCGACCGCAGCUAUUCUCAGAACGCGUACAACUGCUGGAUAGCGGCGUGCCUCUACCUCUUCACGCUGCUCUUCUCCGGACACCAGUUCUACAUGAACAGCCGCUCCUCCCUGAGCAUGUAAAUAAACCGGACGAACGCAUUUUCUUUCUUUCUUCUUUCUGUUGUUGCGAGUCAAAUUAUAAUAAUUACAUUCCUCCUGGUCCGAACAACUUGUUGUGAGAGAACGCUGUUUUUCAUUUUACUGUUGAUCACGUUUUAAAAAUAUAUAAUAUGAUAAUCUAUUUCCAGUUGAGUUGCUUGCGUACGUGAGACCAUUCCAUCUUACUGUAGCUAGCCCAUUGUAAAAAUUUACUAAUUGUUAAGCUACGCUGUAAAAUAAUAGUGGGUGCACAAACCUGUAUGAUAUAAUGAUGUAUUACCGCUGUACGAUGUAAAAUAAUAACGGAUUACAAAGAUUAAAAAAUUCGUUUUCAUUUAAAUUUAAUAAAUAAUUAUUUAUUACCAUCUUUUUAAGGA